GUUUGACGAGAAGAGUAAAACCAUUGGGAAGAAGAGAGAAGAGUAAAACCAUGUCUUCAAAAUCCCCUUUUUAUGUGGGUGUUUUGCCCAACCAGAAACCACUAAUGUAACUCAACAAAACAAUAAACAAUUAAUUAUGGAUUCUCCAUUCAGAUGCUUUCUGCUGGGCUACACCCUCUGCAUCUUCUUCUUCCUGCUCACUCUGUUCGCCGGAGUUUCCUCUCAACCUCUCGGACAGUUCUGUCCCAACACCUCAACUUACGCUCCUAACAGCACUUAUCGAGCCAACCUCAAUGUUCUCCUCUCCACCCUUUCUUCCAAUGCCACCCGCGAAGAUGGUUUCUACAGCUUCACCGCCGGCGGUGGACGCGACAACUCCCGGGACACCGCGUACGGCCUGUUCAUGUGCCGGGGUGAUGUCUCCACCUCCGACUGUGGGGCCUGUGUAAGAAAUGCUAUCAGAGAGAUACUGCAGCUAUGCCCCAACGAAAGGGCUGUUGUUGUCUGGUACGAUUUCUGUAUGUUGCGUUACUCCAACAGUUCUAUGUUCGGGAGAGCCGACCAGUCGCCCGGGAUAUAUCUGUAUAAUACACAGAACGAUUCUCAGCCGGCUAGGUUCAUGGAUGCUGUCGGAAACACGUUGAAUCAGAUGGCCACUCGAGCCGCCGGCGGUGGAUCCGGCAAGAAAUUUGCGACUCUAGAAGCUAACUUCACUGCGUUUAGACAAAUCUAUAGUCUUGGGCAGUGCACGCCGGAUCUUUCCGUCUUGGAUUGUCAGAGUUGCUUGGGAGCUGCAAUCCAACGACUGCCCGGUUGUUGUUAUUCGGCUCUGGGUGCAAGAACUAUCUUCCCGAGCUGUAAUGUUAGGUAUGAGGUGUAUCGCUUCUACAAUAGCACCGCCCCCUCUGCGCCACCGCCGGCCCCCGUUCCUAUCCGUCCUCCUCCUCCUCCCCCUCCCGCUACCGGUGAAGGGAACAGUGGAGAUUCAUCUACAAAUGUGAUUAUUGCCAUUGUAGUUCCUAUCGUUGCUGGGAUUAUACUCUUCAUUGCAAUCUUCUGUGUUGUGAGAGCUAAACAAGCCAAGAAACAAAUUACCACAACAGAGCAAACAGAUGUGUCUGGAAUCUCAACUGAGGAUUGCUUGCAGUAUGAUCUUGCUACUAUUCAAGUUAUUACAGAUUAUUUCUCCCCCGAAAGUAAAAUUGGCGAAGGUGGAUAUGGUUCUGUAUACAAGGGAAAACUUCCCACCGGACAAGAGGUAGCUGUAAAACGGCUUUCAAGAAACUCUGGACAGGGAGCUCAAGAAUUCAAGAUGGAGGUAGAAGUAGUUGCCAAACUUCAACAUAGAAAUUUAGUAAGGCUACUGGGAUUUUGCUCAGAAGGAGAAGAGAAGAUACUAAUCUAUGAAUUUGUGUCCAACAAAAGUCUUGACUACUUUUUAUUUGAUCCUGAAAAGCGGCACCUAUUGGAUUGGCCAAGGCGUUAUAAGAUUAUAGAAGGGAUAUCACGAGGACUACUAUAUCUUCAUGAAGAUUCUCGUCUUAGAAUCAUACACCGUGAUCUCAAAGCAAGUAAUAUAUUACUAGAUGGAGAUAUGAACGCGAAAAUAGCAGAUUUUGGCAUGGCCAAAAUAUUUGGAGUUGAUCAAACCCAAGGAAAUACAAACAGAGUUGUCGGAACAUAUGGUUACAUGUCUCCUGAGUAUGCAAUGCAUGGCCACUUCUCUGUGAAGUCUGAUGUUUAUAGUUUCGGUGUUCUGCUUUUGGAGAUUGUAACCGGGAAAAAAUGCACCAACUUCACUGAUCCAAGUGGAGUGCAGGAUCUUCUUAGCUAUGCUUGGAAACAUUGGAGGGAUGGCACACCUUUAGAAAUAUUGGAUCCAGCUCUUGGAGAAUCCUACUCGAGAAAUGAAGUCAUCCAAUGCAUCCAUAUCGGCUUGUUAUGCGUUCAAGAAGAUGUGGACGAAAGGCCUACAAUGGCAAAUGUUGACCUCAUGCUCAAUAGUUAUUCUGCUACUAGAUCAGCCCCUCGUGAACCAGCAUUUUUCUAUAGUGGAAGAUCAGAGCCUAAAGGAGGAGAGUCAGAUAAGUCUAAGAGCAAGUCCAUGCCAUGGUCUGAAAAUGAAAUGUCCAUUACUGAGAUAGAUCCAAGAUGAGGGAGAGAACCAAGGAAUCCAGUCAUGGAGUACACGGAUGAAACUUAUGUAGAUUGAAAUUAAAAAUAUAAAUGUUUUGAUGUAUUGAAUUCUAGUCCAUGCAUUAUAUUGUAUAGAAAUGAUGAAUAUUGGUUGUUUAAUGCUG